AUGUCACUAUAUGCGCGCUUGAAGCAGAAGCGCGCAUCCAUCUCUUCCAGGACCUCUUCCCGAGGCUCCAGUCCUGCGCCGGACUCGCAGGCAGCUAGAAAGUCGUCCAUGGACACGAGACAACAGCACGCCCUGAGCGUCACUUCCGCUGCCACAGGAAGCUCGGCGUCCAGCACCAGGCUGCACGAUCCGAAAUCUCCUCCGCUUCAAAGCCUUUCCGCCCUUCCGGCGGACAUCGGCGCCGCGAAUAAAGCAGCACCUCAACCUCUCGCUGUUGAGAGCAAAUCGAAGCAGACCAUCGUCAAUGGAAGUAAAGCAGCGCAGGAGGAUUUGGCGGGCUCGGCAAACGGCGCCUUCCAGGCUCAGCCGCCCGUCACAAAGCCAGGCUUGAACGGAAUCGAGACGCUCGCACAGGAGGGCAGCGCAGCAUCCUCGCCCUCUACUUUCUCGAGAGCUCGUUCCGCCUCUUUGCAGAAAGGAGCAGCAGUGUUGCGUGCUCUUGCACGAGCGCCAUCCGACGAGGAGGGCCUCACAAGAUCAGGCUUGACCCCUCUGACCAAUGGGCGCGCACUCGAUGCCAGAGAUCCGGACCUUUCCUCGGAUCCAGAUCUCAGCGAGCGAUCCGCUCAUGCCAGCCCGGUUCCAACGCCGUUCGGCAUCUCCUCGCCCGAUGAGCCCGUGACGCCCGGUCUGUCGGAUGAGGCAAAGGCCUCUGGUCGGGAGCAGCGAGAGCUUAUCAGGCGACGGGGAGAUGACAAAACCGUUGAGAAGAUUGUAGGGAUGGAUCCGCAAGACAAGGAAAAGCGCAGGAAUCUCAAAUAUGUCAGGGCCAAGAGCUGGGAAAUACCGCGCAAGAUUUUCCACGGCAGCAUUGGUGAGUGAAGACCAGCGCAUAUAAGCGGUUCCAACGGAGCGGAGGAUCAACGAGACACGAAGCCCAUUCCAGCGUCGUUUUGCCGCGAAAGAGCUGUGGCAAUUCGCACACUGACAUCACCACUGCCUACACAUGCUUUAGGCUUCUGGGUUCUCUGGGCAUAUCUCACCCACAUUCCGAAGGAGGACAUCAUCCGCAACAUGGCAAUCUUUUUGUCUGUUGUAGUGACGGCCGAUGUCAUCCGACUCAACUACCCUCCUUUCGAGGCCUUUUACGAACAGGUCCUCGGCUUCCUCAUGCGGGAAGCGGAGAAGACUCGCGUAAACGGUGUUGUGCCAUUCCUGGUGGGCGUCAUCACCGUUCUGCAUUUGUUCCCGGAAGACAUUGCUUGCGUUUCUAUCAUGAUGUAAGUCGGCUAUUGAACAAAACAUCAGCGUUGAGGAAUGGGCAUUGUUGACCCGAAUCUCAUUCGUUGUCGGGUCAGGCUCUCUUGGGCAGAUACGGCUGCCUCCACGUUCGGGAGACUCUACGGUGCUCGCACUCCGCCUCUCCCUUCGCCCCCUUUCGCAUCUCGCAAGUCAUCCGCUGGAUUCCUGGCUGCCGUGCUCGUCGGCACCACAGCUGCAUUCGUCUUUUGGGGCACUCCGAUCGCUCAAAUCGGCGAGCGAGCUGCAGGAGCUAGCUGGAUCGCAUCCUACGCCCGCUUUGGAGCCCCGCAGACUCAUGGGUACCUCUCAUCUGGCUGGUCAGGCGUCAAAUACGGUUUCAGAGCCGUGCCACCACCGUCCAACUUUGUCCAAUCUCGCGGUGCUCAAGCUGUUCGGCCCGUAAAGCAACAAGCUGCGAAAGGUCUAGGCUCCUGGUUCUCGACAUCAUCGCCAGCUGUCCCUUCGGCCAGCGAUCCCACUCCUGUUCUAUCCGCCUUCACGCGCGCUGCUUCUGCACCUGCUGGAGCGCCGCCUUCCUUGCCGCUGCCAAUCUUUUGCAUCAGCUCUGGGCUUGUCGCUGGCAUUGUCGAAGCACUUGAACUAGGCGGUGUUGAUGACAACCUCUCUCUACCUGUUGGUAGCUCUCUCGGCAUGCUGCUCGUCUUAUGGUCUUGGGGACGCGUCGCUACGGCACUUGGCCUCACCGCCUAG